AAACCAGACAGACCAACAUAAGCGCUCUCAGUUCGUCUUGUCCCAUCGACCGGCCAUUUUUCAUCCGCGGCUGCAGUCGUCGAAGAACGAUAAAAAUGCUGCGAACCGUUGUCGGCAGGCUGAAUUCAGCCGUAAACAAAGCCGUUUUCCGUAGCGCUGGAAUCGGCUCUGUUAGGUGCAUGUCCAAGCACUCGACAGAGACAGAUGCCGAAUUCGACGCCCGCUACGAGGCCUUUUUCAACAGGGCAGACAUCGAUGGUUGGGAGAUCAGAAAGGCAAUGAAUGACCUGACUGGAAUGGACUUGGUGCCCGAGCCAAAGAUCAUCACCGCAGCUUUGAAGGCUUGCCGAAGGGUUAAUGACUUUGCCCUGGCUGUUAGGUACCUUGAGGCUGUCAAGGAAAAGUGUGGCGGAAAGGUCAACGAAAUCUACCCUUAUGUUCUCAAGGAAAUCCGACCCACUUUGGAGGAAUUGGGCCUGAACACCCCCGAGGAAUUGGGCUACGAUAAGCCCGAGCUCGCCCUCACUAGUGUUUAUGACAUUCACUAAUAUUAAAUGUUUUAAAAUAGUAGGAAGUUACCCUAAACUUGCAGUAUAAUAUUUUGGCUGUUCUGUUUCUAUUCCAACUACAAUCCCUCGAAACAGUAGCACUUAAAAGAUCUGCAAGAGCAGGGAAAAUGUGUACAUUGUUAUGAAAAUAAUAAAAAAGUUGUCAACCCUAA